UUAGCCCUAAUUCCUAUGUGUUCUUUCUCAACAAACGAAAACUAGUGUGACAAUACAACCAUGGCCGACCAAAUCCAAUCUGCUGAUGAUGCAGGCUCUAUAGGCCUGAUUCUUGAAAACCCACCUCAGAAAAAAGUGAAAAUUGAGACAGAAUAUGCAGAAACUGUCAGCAUUGAUUGGAUCAGUAAGCUUCCUGACGCUCUUAUUGUCCAAAUUAUUUCUCUCUUACCCAUAACUGAUGCCUGCAGAACAACCAUUCUCUCUAAACGUUGGGAAAACCUCUGGACCUUUAUAAACAACGUUAUUUAUGACGAUAACAAUUGGUCGACACUUAACAACUUCAUUUCCUUCACGGACAAUGUAUUGCCUCUCCUUAGCUGCUCUACCAUUAAAAAUUUCAAUCUAACUUUCCCGUUCGACUAUGAUGAUGGCUUGACUUAUAGUUCCACCAUUGACAAGUGGCUUGAAUUUGCCGCGAAUAAAAAAGUAGAGGAUCUCUACCUGAAUAUAUGGUAUACUGCUGAAGCGACUAAACAUGACAAACCCUAUAUGUUGCCACAAGUUUUCUGCAGCAGCUCAUCGAUUCUAUACAUCGAGUGCUGGAAUUGCAGAAUAUCAGAAGAUUGUGUACUAAAUUGGACAUCCCUGAAGAGUUUAAUUCUGGGAAAAUUGUUUCUCCAGGAUGAACAUGUUGAACAGAUAAUGUCAAAUUGUUCUCAAUUGGAAUCUUUGGCGCUAUGUGGAUUUUGUGGUUUUAGUCGUUUGCACGUAACUUCUCCAAAAUGCAGGCAACUGCAAUUGAUCGAUCACGAACAUCCUGAAGGAGAAUGGGGUUCACGCGAAGGUGCUUGUUUCUUCGAAAUUGUUGCUCCGUAUGUUCAAAAUUUAAGGAUUUCUGGGGAUAUCUAUCAUAUGAAAAUUAGGUUCGGGGACUUGUCAUCAUUGGUCCAUGCUGAUCUAACUUUCUGCCGCGAUGAAGAUGAUGUAAUUGGCGAAACCAUAGUGAAAGAACUUUUGGUAAGCGUACGUUGUGCUAAUGAGCUAUCGGUCUCAUCCUGGUGUAUCAAGGUGAUUUCCGAAUUGAUGUUGAAAAAGGAAGACGUAUCCUUACCAUCUCUGGAGUGCAAAUGGUUGGCGAUAAGUUCUAGAAUUACAAAAUAUUCCUUCCCUGGUAUAGACCGCCUCUUAAGGUCGACUCCUUAUCUGGAGAAUUUGAUGAUAUUUCCUGCUAUGACGUACUGCGAAUGUUCCAUGGAUGGAAACAUUGAUUUGUCAGAAGACAGUUACCUCUCCUUGCAACAAAACAUGUUCAAAAGUUCCUUACAAAAUUUGAAGAAUGUAAAGGUUGUUUCACCAUUUUGUAGUAAUACCACAACAAAGCUCCCUCACUUCUUGAAGUUUUUGCUUGAGCAUGCAAUAAAUCUGGAGACACUGGUUAUAGUGCCGGAGCACAAGGGAUGCAGCAGCUGUUCUACUAAUAUGUCAAAACUGACAGAUAAUUUGUUAGCUUCUCCAAGAGCUUCUGGUAGUUUAGUUCUUUCCUUUGGAUCAUCUUUCAAUUAUAUUUGAAACUCUCAUGUGCUUAGAAAGCCACCUGAUUGGGAUUUGAGUGUAAUCUGCUAGAAUUGAUUAAACUAGUGAUACAUUAUCAAUGAUAUAAUACAAGUACUAUUUG